AUGCAAACAGACAAGAGGAGUGGAUUUUACUGUUUAGAGGGCACCUCUCGGAGGCCAAGCUCUCAGUUUCUGUGCCCACAAGGCUAUUACUGUGAGGAGGGCACGGGUGUGCCGCACGGGUCACCUUGCCCUGCUGGAACCGCAGGAGGACAACUGGGUCAGACAAGUAGGGCAGCUUGCAAGAGGUGUGCAGAGGGUCGCUACUGUCCCUCAGGUUCUGCAGGUCCUGGUUUGCUUUGUGCCCGUGGGAGGUACUGCCCAGCAGGAACGCUUAGUGAGAUCUUAUGCCCACAAGGGACCUUCACCCCACAUCAGGGGGCGCUGAGUGUAAAGGACUGUUUAAAGUGUCCACCAGGCUUCUAUUGUCCAGAGGGAACAAGUGACCCUAUGCCUUGUCAGCCAGGCACCUUUAACCCUCUGGAGGGGCAGGAUGCUCUGGCAGACUGCAGGCCUUGCUACCCGGGCAAAGCAUGCACACGAGUUGCACUGAAGUUUCCUGAUGUGGACUGUAUGCCAGGGUUUGUGUGUCCACCAGGUUCUGCCAGACCAAACGACCCAUCCAACGCGUGUCCUCCCGGUACCCUUAGUAACCGCACAGACCUCACUGACCUCUCCCAGUGCCAGCGGUGUCCUGCUCGUUUUGCCUGUUUUAGAGGCACUGGUGGUGUCCAGAGGCCUCCACUCUUUUGCUUUCCUGGGCAUUACUGUCCUGCGGGCACUAUGUUCCCCACUCAGCACAAGUGUCCCGCUGGUACCUGGAAUGAUCAAAGUGGACUGGAGUCGGAGCGCGAGUGCCGGCCGUGCCCAAGAGGCUGGUACUGUUUAGCAGGAGUGGGCGCUCCCUCUGGAAGAUGCCACUCUGGACACUACUGCCCUGAAGGUACAUUAUAUGGCUCACAGCACCCAUGCCCUCCAGGUACCUACAGCACAAAGAUAGGUAAUGGUGGAAAAGAGGACUGUCAGGUCUGUCCAGAAGGCUAUUACUGUAAAGAGGGUACAUCCAAACCCACUUCCUGUCCACCGGCAACAUUUCGUCAGAUAAAAGGGGGACGGAGAGCAGAAGAUUGUUCUGUGUGUCCUGCCGGCUACUUCUGUCCUCAUCCGGCCACAAUCAGCCCAAAAGUCUGUGGAACAGGAAGUUAUUCUGAUGAGGGAUCAGAGGAGUGUCUGCCAUGUUUGCCAGGUCACUACUGCAGCGAUGAGACCACCAGUGAGGAGGCCAUGCUCAGAUUAAUGGUUUGCCCUCCGGGUUUCCUCUGCUCAAAGGGCAUGGAUCGAGAACCGCAGCGCUCAGCGGUAUUCUGCCCAAUAGGCUUUUACUGUCCCGGUGGAAGUGUUGAUCCUAAUCCUGUUCCGUGCCCCAAAGGGACCUACAGUCAACAGCCAGGUCUACGUGACCCUUCAGACUGCACAAAGUGUCCAGAGGGAAAAUACUGCUACACAGAGAAUCCCCAGGAAGAGCCCAUUAUUGAACCAACAGGAAACUGUCCUGAUGGAUACUUCUGUCCUCUUGGUACCGGACAUCCAAACUCGUUUCCUUGCCAGUCAGGUUUCUUCAGGAAUGACUCGUAUGGCCAUGGAGGAGAAGCUUGUGUGGAAUGUCCUCCUGGUCACUACUGUCCUACUCUGGCCACACACACUCCUAUAGUCUGUCCACAGGGUUUCUACUGUAUUGAGGGAAGCUCAGUCCCAGAGCCAUGUGAAGAGGGCACGUAUGGUUCCCGGCCAGCCCUGACUAAAGCAUCACAGUGUACCCUAUGUAGUGGGGGGAAAUACUGCACAGGUCUGGGCAAAUCUGAGCCCACGGGGGACUGUGAAGGAGGAUUCUAUUGUAGACAGGGAUCUAGAAGUCCAAUUCCUCCUGAUGGCCGUAAAGGAGGUGUGUGUCCUGCUGGAAGUUUCUGCCCACCGGGAUCAGUUCACCCACAGCCGUGCCCUUCAGGAACAUACAGUAACAGCACGGGUCUCCAACAUGCAGAGCAGUGUGUCCGCUGUCCUCCAGGUUAUUAUUGUUUAGGAACAAACUCUACAUCCCCUUCUGGUCCGUGCUCUGCGGGGUAUUACUGCAGUGGAGGUUCAGCCACACCAGUCCAACAUGAAGCUGAGGAGGGGCACUACUCUUUGGAAGGAGCUGUGAGGGCUGAACCGUGCCCACUGGGAACAUUCCAACCAGGAAGAGGCUACAACUCCUGUAUCGAGUGCCAAUCAGGAAGACUCUGCAACAGGACAGGCCUAUCCCAGCAGCCCCUGUGCCCACCUGGACACUUCUGCCCUGCUGGCUCCUUAAUUGCUCACCCAUGCCCCCCUGGUACAUACACUGCAAGUUCAGGAGCGGAGGAUCUGCAGCAUUGCGGCCCAUGUGAUGCUGGUCAGUACUGCCACUCUCCUGGACUAACUGCUCCUCAGGGACCCUGUGAGCCUGGUUUUUACUGCACUGGCGGAUCCCACAUUGCCGCUCCGAUUAGCUCCAGAUAUGGUGACAUAUGCCCCAUGGGUUAUUACUGUCCAGCAGGCACCAGACACCCUCAUGAGUACCCCUGUCCUCCUGGAACCUGGAGCAAUGCACUGGGGUCCCAGACUGUGUCGUCCUGUUGGCUCUGCCCUGCUGGAUUCUUCUGUAACAGCUCUGGCCUCAUUCAGCCCACUGGAAUAUGUGCUCCAGGGUUUUAUUGUGCAGGUGGUGCUAAAACGGCCAUGCCUGACGAUGGGGUAACAGGAAACAGGUGUCCAGCACGGUAUUACUGUCCACAGGGUUGCACAUCCCCUCUACACUGCCCUGAUGGAACGCAUUCAAAUACCACAGGUGCUGCAGAAUGCAGUGACUGUCCCACUGGAUGGCUGUGUCUGGAGGGGGAGGAGCUCCAGUUGUGUCCAGAAGGACAUUACUGUCUGGGGGGCACAGUGGAGGACAUCCUCCCUUGCCCUCCAGGCACAUACAGCCCCAAAGCAGGACAAAGCCAAGUAGAGCAGUGUUUACUGUGCUCAGCUGGAAUGUAUUGUGAAGACUGGGGACUAGUUGAACCUACUGGUCCCUGCCAGGCUGGGUAUUUUUGCCUUGCAGGCAUAAACUUCAAGAAUCCCGAUGCAAAUAUUAGCACAGGGGUGGGUGGGCCAUGUCCUGUGGGUCAUUACUGUCCUGAGGGCACCAGCCUUCCUUUACCCUGCCCGCUUGGCACCUUUUCAAACAGUCUUUAUGUUAGUAAGAAAUCAGGGUGCACUGUUUGUCCUGCUGGGCAGUUUUGCGGUUCGGUGGGCCUGAGUAGACCAUCUGGACCCUGCCGAGAGGGGUUCUACUGCCCUGCCGGGGCAUCGUCAUCCACUGGUUCUGAUUCUGAAGGUGGUCUCUGUCCUCAAGCGCACUUCUGCCCCACUGGCAGUGCCGUGCCUGUUCCCUGCCCUGCGGGCACUUAUACCAAUCUGACAGGACAGAUUAAGUGCAGUCCCUGUCACGCUGGAUACUACUGCCCAGAGAGUACCAGCAAAUACACUCUGUACCCCUGUCCUCCUGGAUUCUACUGCCCUGAUGGAACAAAACAUGCCACCCAGUUCCCCUGCCCACGAGGCUAUUACAACCCUGAGCCGAUGACCCACAGCCUGGACAGCUGCUUGCCCUGUCCUCCAGGCCACUACUGUGAGAAAGAGCGCCUGUCCGCUGUGUCAGGGAAAUGUAAAGCUGGAUGGUUCUGUGUAUCUGCUGCCUGGAACGCUCAGCCCUUUGACCUGGACAACUACACUAAUGCUAACUGCCUUUGCCCUGCUUCCUCCACCGGGGGCAGAUGCCAGGAGGGGUUUUACUGUCCAUCAGGGACCUCUGAGCCUCUAUCUUGCCCUCCAGGAGCUUUCUGCAAUGCAACCGGUCUAGCCCUGCCGAGUGGACCGUGCUCUCCUGGGUAUUACUGCACGAGAGAAGCCACUUCCUCCAGGCCUAUAGAUGGCAUUACAGGCAACAUCUGCCCUCCAGGGACUUACUGUGAUGAGGGCUCCAGUGCACCACAGCCAUGUCCAGCGGGGACUUUCUCCCCGACAGCGGGCCUUGUGAGCAAGGACGAGUGUCAGUCCUGUAGAGCGGGAUACUACUGUGCUACCAUGGGCCUUCAGGCUCCUACUGCUCCCUGCAGGCAGGGUUACUGGUGCCCGCCUGGUCAGACAGAUGACCUAGCUCUGCCGUGUCUGGUCGGUCAUUACUGUCCCCCAGGAAGCCCUGUCCCAAUUUUUUGUCCCACUGGGACCUAUCAGGACAAGCAGAAGCAGGCAAACUGUACAAUCUGUGAAUCAGGUUUUUAUUGCGAUGCGACAUUUGGGGCUGCAAAUAUAUCUGUCCUGCAGCCUUGUCCAAAGGGACAUUACUGUCCUGAAGGAACUGGUAUUGCCAAACAAUUUCCAUGCCCUGCCGGCACCUAUAACCCCCGUGAGCUCAUGGACAGCCAUAGUGACUGUCUGUUGUGUCCGUCAGGACAUUACUGUCCAGAUGUUGGACUUGAAGAACCUCUAGGACUGUGUUUGGCUGGUUUUUGGUGCAGAGAGGGCUCCCGUUCACCCAGUCCUGUGGAUGGUUCUACAGGGGCCGCAUGCCCAGCUGGUCACUACUGUCCUAAAGGCACUGCCAUUCCUAUGCCCUGUCCGGUGGGAACGUGGUCUAAUAGUACAGGACUAAGGAGUGCUGCGGAGUGCCAGUCAUGCCCUGGAGGGUUUUACUGUGCCUCUACCGGUCUAAAUGAACCUAGUGGACUCUGCUCUGCUGGGUUUUAUUGUGCUGAGAAAGCUGAGACUCCCACUCCUACUGAUGGGGUCUCUGGCCACAUCUGUCCAGAGGGACAUUACUGUCCUCCAGGAACCACCCAGCCUGUUCCAUGUGAUCCUGGGACUUUUGUAACUGUCACUCAAGCCUCUCAGUGCUGGCCCUGCACAGCUGGCUGGUACUGUGCGGAUGGAGCCCGGCAGCUGUGCCCAGCUGGUUUCUAUUGUCCUGAAGGUACAGGGUAUGACUGGAGACCUUGUCCAGCAGGGACAUACAGUCCUGACUCAGGUUUGAGUGUCUUCUCUGAGUGUAGGGAAUGUGAUGGAGGACACUACUGCUCUCUUCAGAACUCCACCUCUGUCACAGGACAAUGCUCUGAGGGAUAUUACUGCGUGUAUGGGAACAUCUCACCUCAGCCUCACACGAGGUCUGCAGGAGCUGGAGGACCUUGUCCUGCGGGUCACUAUUGCCCACAAGGCACCACUCAACCUCAGCCUUGUCCAGAGGGUACUUUCAGUAACAAAACCAGACUGGUCAAAGUGGAAGAGUGUUUGUCAUGUUCUGCUGGUCAUUAUUGUGACAUAUCUGGGCUGACUUCACCCAGCGGAGAAUGCUGGGAAGGUUUUUACUGCAAACAGGGAGCCAUACUCCCCAACAGCCCAAUCAACGAUCACAGAGGAGGACCGUGUCCGACAGGCUAUUUUUGCUCUAGAGGCUCCAGUGCUCCUCAAGCCUGUCCAGAAGGAUCAAUCAGCAGUAGAGAGAGACAGGACAGCUGCAGCCCAUGUCCCCAAGGUUACUACUGUCCUGCCAAUGGUUCCUCUUUUGAGCGCAUUGAAUGCCCAGUAGGCCAUUAUUGCCCUACGGGCAGCCAUCUACAAAAUCAGCACCCCUGUCCUUCAGGGACUAUUAAUCCACAUACAAGGAUGACCAGCCAUGAAGACUGUUUACCCUGCCCUCCAGGUUUCUUCUGCGAGUCUCCUGGACAGAGUGCUGUGUCUGGACCGUGUGCAGCUGGACACUUUUGUCUCUCAGGAGCCGCGUCCCCCACACCCGUGGAUGGAGGGACAGGUGGUAAAUGUCCUCAAGGACACUACUGUCCCGUAGGGUCCUCAUCCCCUGAGCCUUGUCCACUAGGCCGCUUUAGCAACAGCAGCCGGAACACUAAGCUGUCUGACUGUCUGCUCUGCCCUCCAGGAUCUGCUUGUUCCAGUAGGGGUCUCUCCUCCCCUUCUCAUGUGUGCCAGAUAGGCUUCUACUGCCCACAGGGUCAAAAUUCCAGCCAGCCUGCCAACUACAUCUGCUCACCUGGACAUAUGUGUCCACCUGGCAGCCCUGCUCAGAUCCCCUGCCCCCUUGGGACUUUCCAGAACCUCCAAGGGCAGGCAGAAUGUUCUGUGUGUCCGGCUGGAUAUUUUUGUGCUGGUUCAGACACAGUAACAGAAGGAACCUCCAUACCUGUGCCAUGUCCUAGGGGGUAUUACUGCCCUCCAGGCUCAGAGUCCGGAGUGAGUUUCUCCUGCCCUUUGGGCACUUUUAAUGGUCAGUUAGGCCUGUCGAGCAAGGAUCAGUGUGUCCCCUGCCCUCCUGGUAAAUACUGCAGCUCCUCUGGCCUGCACACCCCUACAGGCAACUGUUCUCCAGGUUAUGUGUGUAUCCAGGGUGCCUCGCUCUCACAGCCAGUUGGAGAUUCCACGGGAGGAAGAUGCACAGCUGGCUUCUAUUGCCCACCGGGUGCCAGCCGUAUGGAGCCCUGUCCUCUGGGAACUUUUGGCUCAUUAGAAGGAGCAGAAUCUGUAGAGAUGUGUCAGUCGUGCACACCAGGACAAUACUGUGCAGAACCAGGGCUGAGUUCACCCUCUGGGCCCUGUAGUCCGGGAUACUUCUGUUUUCAAGGAUCACACACCCCUACGCCUCAGUACUACAACAACACAGAUGGUGAAUCUGGGGCUCGUACAGUGGAGGAUGUCUAUUCUCAGAUUCAUUUCAUUGGGGAUGUCUGUCCUGCAGGGCACUACUGCCCGUUUGGCAGUGCACGACCAGAACCCUGCCCUCCAGGUUCAUUCCUGGGCCAGCGUGGCGGUGUGUCUGAGACAGAGUGUCAUCCAUGCACCCCUGGAUUCUACUGUCCAGACUGGGGCCAGAGCUCUGCAGAGCUCCGCUGUCCUGAGGGCAACUUCUGUCCGGCAGGUUCUAUAACAGGACAUCAACCUGACCGCCAGUGUCCGUCUGGUCACUCAUGUCCGUAUGGCAGCGUCAAGCCUGCCAUCUGUUCGCCUGGUACUUAUCAGCCUCUGCCAUCUCAACCUUCCUGUCAGCUAUGCCCACCAGGUUUUUACUGUUUGGAGGGUUGCACCACCCCACUUCCCUGCCCUCCGGGCACUGCGAGUAUGAUUGAGGGGUUGCAAUCUCAGCUGGAUUGCUCUCCAUGUCCUCCUGGAUUCUACUGUAACACCAGUGCACUAAUCAGCCCCUCUGGACCCUGCUCCGCAGGUCAUUUCUGCUCAUCUGGAGCCACAGAGUCUGCCCCAGUCUCUCAGAUGUAUGGAGAUAUAUGUCCGGCAGGAUAUUACUGCCCCGAGCAGAGCAGUGCUCCUUUACCCUGUCCUGUCGGUUAUAUUCUCCAGGACAAAGGGGCCACCUCCUCUAAUGACUGCUCCCCUUGCCCUCCAAGCAGAUAUUGCAUUGCACCAGGCUCCUCUCAGCCCUCAGGGUUUUGUGCUCCAGGUCACUAUUGCAUUGGAGGUGCAGAUACUGCUGCACCUCAGGCAACACUCUCUCAGCAGACCUGUUUUUGUGACCUCAUAUCUUCAUCCCACCUCCAAAAGUAUGAUCUUUGCCUUCUGAAUCACAACAUAACCUGUUCAGCUCACAUUCCAGGAGAUGGUGGCGGAGUCUGGACUGACCUGGAUCCCAGACCUCUAUUCAAUUUAUCCGAGUCUGAUGGUUAUUCAGAAUCACGUCUACAAAUCACAGAAUCAUGUACUGGCUUCAAAGGGGACCUGUGUCCUACAGGGUCUUAUUGCCCAGUGGGUUCGUCUCUUCCCCAGCCCUGUGAUUCAGGCUCUUAUUGCAAUCAGACUGGCUUGCACACUCCUGUAGGCCUUUGUUUUCCUGGAUUCUUCUGCCCCACAGGCUCCUCAAAUCCCAGUGAUGUGCUUUGUCCUCCUGGACACUACUGUCCCCGUGGCACACCACUACCCCUGCCCUGUCCACAAGGCACAAUGAGGAGCUCUGCUGGAGCAUCCGGUGCACAAGAUUGUCUCGAAUGUCCACCGGGAUAUUUCUGUGAGCGAAGAGGCCUAACUGAGCCCUCUGGUCUGUGCUCUGAGGGCUAUUACUGCCCUGGAGGACAGAACACAUCCAGACCACCAGAGUACGUGUGUGGCGCAGGCCACUUCUGUGAAACGGGCAGCAUCAUGGAGAGGCCAUGUUUCCCAGGUAGCUUUCAGCCCAGUCAAGGCCAGCAUAGAUGUGAACUGUGCCCUGUCCGCUUUUUCUGUCCUGAGAACGGUAUGACACACCCAUUCCCAUGUCAGCCUGGAUUUUAUUGUCCAAUUGGGGCAUCUAGUCAACAUCCAUGUCCUGCAGGGAGUUAUGGGAACCACUUUGGAUUGGCUGAAUCUUCUGAAUGCUCUCAUUGUGACCCUGGGACCUAUUGUAUAGGGUCAGGAAAUGUUUCACCAACUGGCCCUUGCAGUGCUGGAUUCUUGUGUUUUGGAGGAGCCAUCACUCCUUCCCCAAAUGAUAAUGAGACUGGAAUACCAUGUCCACCUGGAUCUUAUUGUCCAGCUGGAAGUUUUGCUGGAAUACCUUGUCCCAAGGGCACAUUUAGCAAUCUGCAUCAACUGUCCAACAUAAGUCAGUGCCAAAACUGUACACCAGGGUUUUAUUGCUCAGAACCAAGACUGACCGCAGUCAGUGGACCCUGCUUGUCAGGGUUUUACUGCAGUGAGGGAUCUCCGACCGCAGCUCCUCUGUCAUCCGUUUAUGGUGAUAUUUGCCCUCCAGGUCACUAUUGUGAGAUUGGUAGCGCUGUGCCAACUCCCUGUCCAGUGGGCAGCCAGCGCUCUGAUAGUGGGGGAAAGGGCACAGAUGAUUGCAUGCCUUGCCCUGGAGGUCAGUUUCAGGAUCAGAGAGGGCAGAGCCAGUGUAAACCCUGUCCUCCUGGUUUCCACUGCAUCAACCUCACAAAUGGCUCUAUGGGGGUCAGCACUCCUUUGGUCUGUCCUGAAGGCUUUUACUGCCCCAAUGAGACUCAGCCUGGAAACCCAGUUCCAUGUCCCAAAGGCACAUACAGUGAUUCUCUAGGCCUCAUUUCAGCAGAGCAGUGCCUGGUGUGCCCUAUGGGCUAUUUCUGCGGUUCAGAUGGUCUCUCCGAGCCCUCGGGGCCCUGUGCCCCUGGAUUCCUCUGUUUUGCGCAAGCAACAGUUCCCAACCCCACUGAUAACAGCACUGGUACUAUGUGUCCACCUGGGGCAUACUGCCUUCUGGGAAUAAGAGCAGGUGAAUGUUCUGCAGGCUACUUCUGUGACUGGGGCUCCAGCAGUCCGGAGCAGAGUCUCUGUCCUGCCGGUUUCUAUUGCCCCGCAGGCACACAAAAGCCCCUGGCCUGCACUGCAGGCACUUUCAGCUUCGUCAUGGGCAACAGCCACAGGGAAAACUGUGAGCCGUGUCCAUUAGGCUACUACUGUCAGGGGGAAGCAGUAUCAGAGCCUCUUCCAUGUCCACUGGGACAUUUCUGCCCCAUGGGCACAUCACAGGGUACUCAGUUCCCCUGCCCUCCAGGAACAGUGCAGCCACAGUCUGGGACAGCCAAUAUGGAGGAUUGUCUACCGUGUCCUGCAGGCAUGUUUUGUGCUCGGCAUGGUCUUUCAGAGCCUACAGGGCGUUGCCAAGAUGGAUAUCACUGCCCUUUGGGUGCCAUGAGCCCUAAUGGCACUGGAGACAUGAUUGAAUCUACAGGCAACAACAUGUGCCCGCCUGGCCAUUAUUGCCCAACUGGUAUCAGCUCUCCUCUCCCCUGCCCCGCCGGAACAUUCUCCAGCUCCCCAGGGUUGAGUGGGGCAGAGCAGUGCCAGCCGUGUCCUCCUGGGUACUUCUGUGAGCAGACUGCUAUGAUCCAUCCAUCAGAAGCAACUCUCUGUGAUGCUGGAUAUGUGUGUAUGAACGGCAGUCGUAGUGCUCGACCAGUAGAUGGACUACAGGGUUAUAUUUGUCCGAGCGGACACAGUUGUCCCAUUGGAGCUCCAUUGGAAGUGCCAUGUGAGCCUGGCACAUACAGCAGUGCUCCUGGUGCAGCCCACUGUCUCUCAUGCCCAGCUGGCACAAUGUGUCCUUCCCCUGGAACACAGGAGCCUUCCCCAUGUCCCAUGGGUCAUUUUUGCCCUGUUGGCACUGCUGCAGCUGUACCCUGCCCUGUGGGCACACUUGGACAGGUUACAAGGGCUCAGUCGGAGGCUGCCUGUGUGCCCUGCCCUACCGGCCUCUACUGCAGUUCACCUGGAACAUCACAACCACAGGGCCAGUGCCAGCAGGGUUAUUUCUGCCAAGGAGGGUCUCCAAAUCCUGCACCUCUGAAUAUGUCUGGCUACCUCCGGAAUGGCCCCUGCCCACUGGGUCACUUUUGCCCUUCUGGAACCCUAAUGCCUCUGCCCUGCCCAGCAGGCAGCAUUCGUAACUUCACCGGAGGUUACUCCAUAGAAAGCUGUCUUCCUUGCCCAGCAGGGCAUUAUUGUGCCAGCGAAGGCCUUAAUGCUCCAACUGGGCCCUGUGCUGCCGGCUUUUACUGUCCCGUAGACUUCUCCUCCACCACCCCACACGCCUUCCUCUGCCCUAAGGGUCAUUACUGUCCCUUGGGUUCACCCCUGGCCUUGCCCUGCCCCACGGGACAGUACCAACCAAAUCCGGGCUCGGAUAACUGCAUCCCCUGCCGACCAGGCUAUUACUGCGAGGAGGCAAUUAUUGGAGACCCCCGGCCUUGCCCACCACAUUCCUACUGCCCUGCAGCCACAAUGGUUCCUCAGCCCUGUCCCAAUGGCACAUACACCCCACCUGAGGUCAGGGGUCUGCAGGAGGAGAGAGAGUGUUUGCCUUGUCCACCAGGAAGGUUCUGCAGGGCUGGACAGGUCAAAGGUCUCUGUGCUGCUGGGUUUGUGUGUAUCUCUGGCAGUUCAGAGUUCACCCCUCAGGCUGCUUUCCUUCUCAACAGAGACCAGUGUGAGUGGGGAGCGCAGUGUGCUGGACCAUGUCCUGCUGGCUUUUAUUGCCCUGAAGGCACUGAGGAACCGUUAUCUUGUCCUGCCAACACUCUAAGAGAAACCCCUGGAGCAAGUGCUAUACGUGACUGUCUGCUUUGUCCUCCAAGGCACUGGUGUAAAGAGGGUGAUCCCAUCCCACGCUUGUGUCCACCAGGCUAUUACUGUGAUGGCAUAGCCGAUUAUGAGUCUGAGGGGAGGCCCGGGCCCAGACAAUGUCCUCUGUUCACAUACAGGCCCACAUCUGGGGCAGGAAGCAAGGGAGACUGUCUCACCUGCCCACCUGGCACUUUUUGUAACUCCACAGGGCUCACUGAUUUCUCAAACUUCCUUUGCCCACCGGGUCAUUGGUGUAGUGGGACAGGUUUCCCAGUGCCCUGCCCUGCAGGCACCAUGAGGGCACAGGCCGGGGCAGCUGCUGUCAGCCAGUGUGAGCUUUGCCCUAUUGGUACCUACUGCCCAGACCCACGUACCACAGGCCAGCCUAAUACAGCAGGCAUCCCAUGCCGAGCUUCUUACGAAUGUCCUGCAGGCUCAGUUACGGAGAUCCUUUGCAGAGCUGGUUCAUAUUGUAGACCCCAGACAGGAGAGCCCACACCGUGUCCUGCAGGAUACUUCUGUCCUGAAGGAUCUCACACCUACAGCUUACCGCAGCAAGUAUGUACAUUUCCAUAUUACUGCCCAGCCAACAGCUCUGCCAUGCUGCUCUGCCCGGACGGUUGGAUGCCGCUGAACACCAGUGGGCUGAGGAAGUCUCGGGAGAGCAGCUGUGUGCUGUGUGGGGCAGGCACCUAUCGGCCUAGUCAGUCCCCUCACCUCCAGUGCCACCUCUGCCCUCCUGGACACCACUGCCCUGCGGGUUCACACCAUUAUAGUGAUCAAACCUGUCCAGUAGGAUACGUUUGUCCACAAGGAAGCUCUGAGCCUAUUCCUUGCCCGCCUGGCUCAUAUGGAAACCGCACCAGUGCACAAUCACUUGAGGAAUGUCACAAAUGCCCACCAGGCACCUUCAAUCACUUACACGCCCAGAGAGCCUGUUUCCCCUGUGGGAGUUCGUCCACCUCAGAUGCAGGGGCGUCCUCUUGCACCUGCAUAGGCAAAAACCGUGCGUUUCAGCACUCAGAUGGGUCAUGCUUGUGUAAGACCGGUUUUGUCUUCUAUGAUCAAUUGGACUUCAAAAGCUCUAUUGCAGACAGUGAACUGGACUGUCAGCCUGAGGUGAAGAAGCGCUGCUGGGCAGGUCAGGUGAGACUGGCCUCUACGCUGGAUUGUGUCAUCCCAUCCACCUACUCCUGUAAUGUUACGUGUGGACCUCAGGGAGGGACGCUGGAUGUAGGAAUGGGCAUUUGUCACUGUGAGAGGUACGUGUCAGCGGAGGAGCUGUGUAACUCUUCAUGCAUGUCCACGCUGCCGGUGCUCUCUGCCAGACUGGAUACAGAGGGACAGUUGCUGCUGAGAAUCAAAACCACAGAUGAAAGCAAAACCUGGAGCAGGAAUAUGAUAAAUGUACUAGGACCUGAUGUUCACGUAAAGAACAUUGGAAGGAUCCACUUUGUCCAGUUUGCUCCUGAUGGAGUGUUUGGUUGGAUUUUAAAAGACCAAGUGCUCAUUGACUCUUUAAUGUCAGAACCAGUUGAAAUUCUGGAGAGAGAUUACAGGAAGAGAAGACAUGCUGAUCAGAAUCAGGUUUCAGCACCUCUUCCACGGAUUCCAAAUCCCAUAGCAUGUCUGUCCCCAAACGACAUGCUCAUCUUUCAGCUCACGAUCAACCACACUGACCGCCACCACAGUCACUUCCCAGUGUACCAGAAGGACCACCUGUUCAGCAGCAACCCUGGUUGGGAUUUUGGUUCCUUCAGACGUUUAGAGCAUCUCGUCAUACACACACAGCUAAAUUCCAGCAGAUUUGCGCAUGUGUUCAUGGAGCCGGGAAAGUAUGUGUUCCUGGAUAACGCAGUGCCGGAGUGGAGUCUGAUAGUAGUCGUGAGUGAGCAGGGCUCUGAGUGCAAGCCCAACACAGCCUUGUUCCAGCCCACGACCCCCGCACAGCUAGUGCGACAUGGGAUUGUCAAACAACACAGCUUAAAUCUGCUUCCAGACUGGGGGCUCAUCACAGGGAUCUUGUCUCUGCUGGUGUUGUUGAUAAUAGUGUUGACAGCCUCUGCUCUUGUCUUGAGGCCUAAUCGGUCCAGCCUCAUCGCUCAAGGGAGGCCAAAGCCCAAGUGGCGCAGCUUGGGUGAACCCAGUGUUCCUAUUGAAUAUGUUUAUAAUACAGACAGUUUGGAUGGCUCUGAGGUUCUAGGUCUGAGAGGGGUGGGAGAGGGAGCAGAAUCAGAGGAACCUGCUCUUUGCAAAGGUUUCAGAACUACACUAAUGGAGCUGGAGGAGUUUAAUGUGAAAACACUUUAUGACAAGUUAGAGGAUCAAAAUUUACAUCUGGCAUCCCAGCUGGCAAAGCAUCGCAAAGACACGCAGGAGUUUUACCGGAACAUGUGCCAGCAAAUUGAUGCUUUGAGGGACACUUUAGAAAAUAUGGAACCCUCAAAACUGAACCAAUUGAAAAAAAUACUAGACAAUGAAGCUCUGAUGAAAAGAGAAACUGCUCAUGAGCCAUGUAUGGGGCUGAUGGAGGCCGUGCUGAGAUCUUUGGAGGGAGUGAUGUGCAGGAUGAAUGGGGAGGUCUGGCAGCAACAGGACAGCACAGCUAUAAACAGCCACAGAGACAUCCGAGAGAGUGAAAUUCCCACCGGAUACAUUCAGUUUUCCCCUGCAGAUAUGUCAGAGUUUAAAGUGGGUGCUGAUACAGAGGCAGCUUCCUCAGAUCCAGGUCAGCAGCAGAGCACCAUCCCCUGUGUGAGUGAAGAGGAACUGGCCAAGUUUGUGUCUCUGACGCCUCUCUCCAAAACACUGCAGGAGAUAAAAGAAUCUCUCCAGACUCUUGCCCAAACGCCCAGGACAGAAGACGUAAUUAUCAGCCCAGCGGAGAGUGAACCAUCGCACCUGAUCCCUGUUGCCCUUGACAACCUUCCCCCCCAGCAUUUCGCCGUCUUCCUGUUUGGCUGCCAUGUUGUGCGUCUCUUGAGCAGAGCUUGUGACUUCCCCCCUGUCAUGCUGCUGUUGGCCAGGACAGUGCCAGUCUCGAACUGUGAUAACCUGCUGGCCUACUGCCAUAAAGACUUCUAUUAUGACACAGCCAAUCAAAUUCUGUACAUCCUAGAGAACAAGCUUCAAAAUGCUGGCCAGUUCAUCUCCAUUCUCUUGCACUCUUUGGCCUACAUAACCUCAGAUUCAAAACCUCUCUACUUCAUAAAAGCCUUCCACUUGGCCGUAUCAGCAUUAAGCAUGCAGUUGUUUCAUCACUCUUUCACUGAAGACCAGAGGAAAGGAAAGAUGGAUGAAGAAAACAAACCAGAGGCCUUUGGAACAUUAGUAGAGAACUUCUUCAGUGUAAAAAUACCUAUUGAGACCCAUUUUGCACAGCACCUGCUGGCAGAAAGACUUCAAGUAUAUAAAUACUUCAAGUUGGAACAGCUCCUCCAGGAACUGAAACCAACUCUGAAAGACAGACAUGGAGAUGGACGAGGGCAAACUGGCCUAAAGACUCAAGUCCCAGGCAACACACAUACGUAGCCCACCGGAGCAGAAAGAGUCCAAGUUUGACAAACCGCUACAGGAGCAGCAGAUAAUGCUGGAGCUGCAGAAGUGUACGGUGCAACAGAGGCUGAAGGAGAUGAGAGACAGACUUUCUAAACUGAGUCCCAAUGAAGACAGAGCAGCUCAGAAAGACAGCCAGACGCCCAGCAAACGCAAACCA